AUGAGGCAAUCAGUGGUGCCAAUUCUUCUCGUUUGGUUCAUUUGCCUUGCAUCAGCGCAAUUCGUGGACGUUGAUCGACCUGAGAUAUUGAGGCCAGAUGUUCGAUUCUUAAAACGGAACAAUCUUUCGAACAUGAUGAGGUUGGGAAAACGUGGUUUAAGGAGGCAGUUGCUUUGUGAGGACUGUAACCUCGGAAAUCUAAUGAGGCUUGGACGUCGAUAA